CACUAUUCCCUCCUUACCUCCUCCCUUCCUUCCAAAUAUAUGUUCCAUAUUUCAUAAUGAGAUUCAGAGAGAAAGAGAGACAAGGGAGAAAAAAAGGGGGACCCUUUGGAAAGGAAGAAGAAAACUCAAAAGUUGAGGAGAAGGAGCGUGUAAGGACAAAAAAGCUUAGCUACCUCUUGAGUUUUUUCCUCUAAUUUCUUUUCGCACAUACUAAAAGAUAAACUUUCUUUCCAUGGCUCCUCCUCCUUCUCCUUUUGUCUCUAUAAAAAGUACCUCAUCUCCACUCAUUUUCCUCAUCACCAACCACGAAUUCCAAUUCCUUACACACUACUGAUUUAUUUAUUUUCUAGUUGAUUUCCUUUUUGCAAAGAGGGAAAAAGAUUAACCAACUACUAGCUACUCUUUUUUUUUUUUUUAUCAGUUACUAUUUACGCCACAACAAUGCUGCUUAGAAAAUCCAUUUCCGGAACCAAGAAGUUCUUCCAAAAAACUUUAGGAGGCUUGAAAUCUUUGUUCUCGAAAGGCGAUUACGAAAAGCUUCCGAAAUCUUCUCCUCAGAACAAUGCCUUCUCCUACACCACCGCAGCCGUUGCCGACGUGAAUCAUGUCCACACGAAUUACAAAGACUUGGACAAGUUCUACACCGAAUUAGCACAAGAAUAUUGGGACAAUAUCCACGUAGAAGAUCACCAAAGCAAGAGGAAGAUCAUCACGACCGCGACGUCCACGCCGACUAAACAAGAUCAUAGAGAGUUUGAUCAAAGUGGGAAUUUGAAGAAGCUUGCACAUAAUUCAUCUCCGGUGAAAGUCAUGAAGAAUAAUAAUAUGGAAACACAACAAAGAAGAGUAGUAUAUCCCAACAACCACAAUAUUAAUAAGGUGAAGAAGAAUAGGAGGGAAGAAGAAGAAGAAGAGGAAAUGGGAGAGAGAAGGAGUUGGUUGGUGGAGGAAAAGCUAAAGGAGUUGGAGAUGUUGGAUAUAAGCAAUGUGGAUCAUGUUUUGGACAUUGAAGAGGUUCUUCACUACUAUUCUCGCCUAACUUGUCCUGCGUAUCUUGAAAUCGUCGACAAGUUUUUCCUCGAUAUUUAUGCUGAAUUCUUCAAGCCACCACCUGUAUCUGCCACCAGGAUCAACUCCUCAAGGCUUAGGCCACGGACGUCUUUCUAUCCGAGGUCUUAGUCUUUAGGCUACUACCAUGGGCAAACAAAAAAUUCUUCUAC